UGAGGCGCGUAGGCGUCCUGAUAUGCCGAGACGGCGCCUGAUUACUGAGGGUAGUGAAAUACCUGAAUGUGUAACUUUAUUGCGAGGCAUCGCAAGGCGCGAAUCUACAGUCGGCGUGCGUCGCUAGUCUGGGCGUCUCGAAUGACGGCACCACGAUACCUUUUGCGGGUCAAUGGUGGGCAAGGGUCUUUCCACGGUUUCGUUCACUGGUUCGAAGCUUGGGUGGCGCGUGUGCCCCUUCCAGGUUCAGCCAUUCUGUCGCUCUCUAUCGUCGCAGAACUGUGGGAAUGUCGUGGCUCCCCUCUCUACCCCGUCCAUGCGUAACCCGCGAGAAGAGGCGGCGGCCCCGACCAGCGCGUUUCACCGAAGCGACGCGUUUCUGCAAGUGCUGGCAGACGAUCGAGGAAAGGCCGUUUCGGGGUUUUCAGAAAGUGUCAGCGAAUGCAAGUGAUAUGAACGUGACAGAGCAGAGCGGCUGUUCCGAGAUCGGGACUUUCCACCGAGUAGAUACCCUAUGGUAACUGUCUACGAGAGGACGCUCCCGCUGUGCGUGGACCGUUGAAAACCAAACUUUUAGGUCGGCCACGGGAGGUAGUGCGCGUGCAGACCAGGUUCGUUUCUGCGCGUCUGAACGUCGGUGCGCGGCCUUCACUUUCAGACGCGGUUGCUGAGACAGGCUUCGUUAGAUCAUUUCUGAUUUUCCGAGUUUGCGCUCUGCGAGUUUGCCCACGUUUCCCGAUCGCGUUAAGUCUGUUUCCGGCUGAUUUGUCGACUGCGAUUCUCUUACGCUACGGCAUUUCUAGCAGUUUCGUGCGUUUUUCCCAUUGUGUUUUCUGCUGUUUCGAGACUGGGGCUGCAGUCACGCCCCGUUCUCGCGAGUGUGUCGAAAUAUGCGGUGGUUCCCAGUUUCUGCGAGUUUGGCUUGAGUCCGGGGUGUCUUCGCGAGAGGGACGUAGGCGGGUGUGUGGCCGCGCUCUGUGUUCUCGCGUCCAUCGCACACGGUCUUGUUUUUUCAACGCGCUUCGAAGCCGCCGAACCCGCGCCGGACACACGCCUCGUAUUGACCUGUGAGAAAAUCCGACAGCCAGCCGGUUCGUGCGAUUGUCGCUAGCGCCCGUCCUUGCGUGUAUAACCGGGGUCGUGGCACCCCUGACUUUCUGGCGGGUUGCGCUGCGCGUGCGGCACCUUUUCCGGAAUUCAGUUGAGUUUCUCCGGGUUUUGCUGAGUCACUCCAGUCCUUUUCCGUCUAGUGUGCGCGUUUUUUUUUUCGUGCGUGGCGUCCUCGUGUCCCUUCGGCACGCUUUUCGGCUUUCCAAGAUGGUGGCGAAGAAGGCGAAAACCGGUCCAGCUUCUCGCAGCCUCGCGAAGAGCGCUUCUUCCAAAACUCUUAAAAAAAUGGGGAAGACAACGCGAGCGGCCGGCAGCGUUGUCCUGGUGCGCCCCAAGAAACCCGCGCCCGCCAGCAGGGAGCAAGCUGCCGGGAAGAAGGUUGCGGCGAAGAAACCUGCGAAGAAAGUGGCUCGCGGCGCUGGAAAGAACCCUAUGGCUGCCGGGAAAAAAGUUUCAAGGGACGUUCACGUGGGCAGUGCAGAAACCAGCAACGACGUAGCCGUUGCGUCUACCGGCUCUGGCACAAAACCCAGCAAGAAGAAGGCCGGUCCCGCCAAAGUUGUCAAGAGGAGCGCGCCUGCUCCGGCGCCAAAGAAAGCCAAGAAAAGCGCACCGAAAAAGGCCGUCCCAUCCAACAAGAAAGCUCCUGCGAAAAAGGGCAAGAAAGCCAGCAAGAAACACUGAGAAACUGGCGUGUCACACAGGAACAGAAACCCCGAGCACGUGAGGGCGGAGCCGGGGUCACACAAAUACACACACCCAAGCUUUUUGCUUCUUUGGCGCCUUUUUCAGGAAGUAUCCUACAUUCGUGGACGUACAUGUAUGGGUGUCUGCAAAUGUACACUGGAGGCGGCGUGUCGCUGUCUCCAGGAGGAAGGGUCGUUUUAAAUGCACUGGCGAGAAGCCAAGGUCCACAACGGUCUCUCUGUACUGAUGGAAAGCCGCGUUGUCUUUUCGAGAGGUGCUCUCCUGUGUGUAGCUACCGACAACUACCUUACUUCCCUAGAGGGGUUGGGCGGUGUCCUGCCUUUUUGUCGCGCCUCUCCGGAGGCGCUCCCUUUUUAUGGUGCGCGGCAGUUGCCCGUAUGUAGAUAUGUAGAUGCGUCUGAGGGUGAACACAUCGCCGUUAUACAUUCUUGAUAGUGGCUUCCAUGUUUGGAAUGAGGGAACCAAAGAACCCACCGCAUAAACUAAAAGGUCUUGUCGCACAGAAAAGCUCCGAACAAACCCCGUGUUAUCCCCCGUACAGUUUCAGAACAGCAGCAGCUUACAGUCAAGCAAGUGACUGUAGGUACAGGCACACAGGGGCUUUCCAUCUGUUCUUCUGUUGAACGCGGGUCUCAGAGUGGUCAGCCUUGUCAGCGACUGGGCUCGAGCACAAUCUUUUAGGGCCCCAGAAACUCUUUUGGUGCUCCAUGUGGUAGUACAGAUCGAAGGAAGGCAGUGGCUACAAGUAGUCAAGUAACCGUGACUCCAGUCCUGCACCCUCUUAAAAUAAGGAAAGUGUGUGGGCGGUCUGUAUACCGUGGAUCGGUGAAGGAUUUGGUAAUGGUCUACUUAUGCUUACUAGUGUACACUUCAGCCAUGUUAGUGUCGGAGCUACCUUGGGAUUCUUUGAUCAGGGUAUGUAUAGCUCUUAAGCCAACUGGACUGCAUCGCUCUGCCAGCACGCGGAUAUACGUAUGCGCAUGUAUAUAUAUAUAUAUAUGUUUGUGUGGUCUAUACUUUAUGGUAUACAUUUCAGUCAUGUUAUUGUCGGUGCUAAUCGGUUAGGAUAUUGAAAUCCAGCACCUCUAGAUGUCUUAAGCAGUCCCGUGGGGUUAUGGUACACAGCAGUCGUAGUGAAGUUGGUUACAAAGGAUCGUGUUAGGUCUUUGCCCAUGAAAUUGCAUGGGCACCUGCUUACUGCUGCAGAGACACCAGAAAUGUCACAUCCAGGUUCUCCUUGAUGGAAUCAUGUGAAGGACAGAUUCGUAUCUAACUGUGAGCAUAAAACUGUGAGAGCCUGUACGACUUCAAACGCGCUCUGGGAAAAAAUCUCAAACACUUAGCCAUAAACUGAAAUACUAUCAAAAGAAUACUCUGCAUUCACAUAUACAAACAUAGAUGUAUAAUAUAUAUAUCCAUAUGCAUAUAUAUGUACGUGCAUAAAUACAUAUUUAUUCACACUUGAAGUAAUGCCGUUGCAGACGGAUGAGCGUCAGCUUCAAAGAGUCACAGGGUUUGUUUUUUCCUCCAGACUUGCCUCUUGUGACCUUGGGGCUUUGUGGUUUUUUUCGGUAGGAAGAACGCGUUAUCGCACUAAUGUAUCGCUGCUCGGUCUGUGUGGAUCCAGUGAUUUUGAAUCUCUCGGCUUCCCACAACGCAUCUCAGCCGGGCCUGCAAUCCUGUAGGUAGUUUUCUAGAGUAAAUGAAGUGUCUUUUUUCCGGUGGGCAGUAGUAGGCGUCAGUGCAUGAGCAAGGGAGAAACGCUUCUCGUUUUACAAUCUCCCCGACGCAGAUGGGGAGAACAACGGGCGUGAGAGUGCGGCGUCGGACGUCUCGAUCUUUCUGGGUGUGCAGGUGCAAGGUGGCCUCAUGCAUCCCGUUCUGUGGAGUUCUUGGAAACGAGGAAAUGCUUCUAGGACUCCUUAACUUUCCCUGAGGAGUCACGCAGGUACAAACCGUACAGGAUUGGUGAUGUCCGUCUGUGCAGAGACUUUGAUACUUGGCUAUGAGUGUUGGAGGCUACCUUCUCGGCUAAAUGUUGGCUUCUGUUCCACGGGUUGGUUUUUCAGCCUCAUGCGCGCAUCUCAUCUGCAGCAUCUGCAAGUUUGUGGUGAAAAAGGAGAACUCGGAAAGAGUUCCACGUCGCCUCGCGAGGUGCCGGCAUUGAAUCAGUGUGUGGCCUGCCAAAGGUGCGUCUUCAACUCCUGGUGUCCGCCAAACCGACAGAGGCC